AUGCCAUCUUAUAAGACGCGACUUCCAGAACUACGGGUUGUUUCAGCUAUGGGUAACAGAGACGAGAACGUUGUGCUCGCACAUCGAGAUGAAUUUGGUGGUGUAGUAUUGCAGCAUGACGUCGGUCCCGAGCUUAUUUUCAUUGUUUCUAUACUACAGAUGAGGAGGACUUUGAGCGAACAAGAAGAGUGGGCAAUCGAACAUGCAAAGUUGCACGAAAAACAUAAAGGACAUGAGCAAAUGCAUCUGGAGAUGAUGCUAAUACUUAUUGUGACCCUUGUAGUCGCUCAAGUUUUCCUUGUGCAGUGGAAGAAGAGGCAUUUCAAAUCUUACCAACUGUGUACGUUAUUGGGAAUGUGGCUAAUACCCGUGUACGUAUGUCUAUCUCGUAGUUGGUACAGAUUCCUCGUAACUUGGUUAAUUUACACCAUAUGCUCAACUUGGAUAUGGCGGAAAUCCACUGAGGAUCACAUAAGCGGAACAACUCCAAGGUAAUA